AUGAUCAAAAACCGUGAUGAAUAUAAAAAUAUGAAUGAUACAUUAUCAAAACCAAUUGAAUUGAAUAAUUUUAAUCCAAUGUUUGAUGAUCAUGAUGAGAGUAUCACAACAAAGCCCUUACUUAAUAAUUCAAAUAAUGAUGAUGAUGAACAAUCACCUUAUGAAGAAGUUGCUGCUAAUAUCUCAAAUAAAGAUGAUCCAACAAUGUUAUGUUUAACAUUUCGUUCAGUAUUUAUUGGUAUUCUUUUAACAUGUCUGAUGUCUUUUGCAUCUCAAUUUUUCUCUUAUCGUACAUCACCAUUAGAUAUUAAUAUUGGUCUUAUUAUAUUAUUAGCUUAUAUGAUGGGUGAAUUCAUGUCGAAAGUUUUACCAGAAAAGAUCUUUAAUAUAACAAUAAAUCCAGGAGCUUUUUCUAUAAAAGAACAUGCACUUAUUACAAUAAUGGCUACAUCUGCAAUAGAAACAACUCAUGCUAUUCAAGUAAUCACUGUUGAACGUGUUUAUUAUAAUUAUUAUGUUGAUCAUAUUCCACCUCGUAUUGUGUUUCCUAUGUUAUUGAUAUGCCCAAUAAUUGCUAAUAUAGUGCAUUAUACAACAGCUAUUUAUCUUCUUAAUCAUAUACCAAAUAUUUGUACACACAAAAAUCUUGUAUGGAAAUGUCUUAAAGCAGAGGGUUCUUAUACAUCAUCAAUUUUAUGGGGUGCAAUCGGUUUUGUCAAAAUAUUUAGUGUAAGUUCAAUAUAUUUUCCAUUACUCUUUGGAUUACUUCUUGGUCUAGUUUUACCUAUUAUAAGUUGGUUUUUAUGGAAAAAGUUUCCAAAUAUCAAAUGGUUAGCAUUCAUUCAUUUUCCACUUAUACUAGUGGCAACAAAUAGUAUGCCACCAGCGCCAGCUAGUGAAUCUACAACAUGGUUUUUAGUGGGUUUUAUUUUUAAUUUUAUUUUGUAUCGUUAUGCACAUGCAUGGUGGGAAAAAUAUGCAUACGUAUUUUCAGCGGCAAUGAGUUGUGGUGUAGUAAUAUGUGGGUUCAUUAUAUUUAUUACAUUGCAAAAUAACAAUAUUGAAUUUCCUGAAUGGUGGGGAACCGGUGGACCCACGAGAGAUGGUUGUCCUUUGGAAAUUGCAAACUACUCGGGAUUUGUAGUGACUGAUUAUGAAUUGUAA